AUGCUGCCGCUGGGAGGGACUUCGGACCCCGGAGGGCAACCGGAGAGCAAGUACGUCCAAGACUACUUCCGUGCCCUCGUCUGGUCGCCGCCGGUUCUCGGAGGGCGGCUACAGGGAACGUCGUCGGUCUAUACAAGCAAGGAUCUUGAGAAGAUCGAUCGGGAGCUGGACAAGGCGCGAGAGGAGUACAUGCUGUUGAGGCAGCGAUGGAACGUGUCGAUCGCUCUCGGAGGGCUGAGCCUAGACGACGAGAAGCUGAACGAGGCAUACAAGGAUGCCUUGCAGAAGAGCUUGAUCCCCCUCGUCAACGACCUUCGACCCGGCUUGCCUGCCUCCACGUAUCCAUACUAUGCCAAGGAGGUUGUUGUCACUCUCCGUCGAGCAGCGGGAGAAGUUGAAUCAACGAGUCCAAGGAAGACGAGGAAGGCAAGACUGGCGUUCUGA